UUUUCGAUGACCCAGCUUUCUUCCAUCCUAUCGCCUUUUCGCAGUUGGUGCAGGGUCUUGCAAAGUUUGCAGCGCAGGCUCUCAUUUUCUAGACCAAACGAAGGUGUCAGUUCCAGUGGUCGUAAUAAAUUCCCGUAAGCUAUCAGGUAGGACUGUCUCCUCGUCCCAAACCCAGUUCGCCGAAGGGACGGAGUUUUAUCACUGUCGCGAUCGUCCUCUACCAUUCCGAGGAGGUUUCGUUGAUAUCCGGGAAAUUUCAUCCUGGAAACAUAUCUGGGUAGUAGCGAAAGAGAGAGAAAUGAGCACAAAUUUUGAGUGCACAGAAGGUAUGGCAGUGCUCUUUGUCCAACACAGCAUUCCACUAAGAAGGCUCAAAACUGAAACGAUUCUGCCAAUUCGUGCAUGAAGGAGAUUCUUAUCGUGGAGAAAUUCGCUCCCCUCGAAAGUCUCCGAAAUCACGGUUGAAGACGACCUGUCCGUGCUCGAUGUUUGAUCCGGACCGCAGACCAGACCGCGAUACGCGUUGGUGGAUGGACUGUCAACCUCACAUCCGCGCCCUUAGGGAAGUCAUGUACUCAGCCGACGCGAACAAAGAAGUGGAGAUACUCUUGCACAAGUGUGUCUCUGUACAUGGCCACGAUCAACUAUAAUUCGUCGCUUGACAAUGAGAAGAUUUACAUUGCUCUCACAGGACGUUUCGUCACAUGUAAGGAGGCGUCCUUGCUGCAAGGGAGCGAAAUAAAAGGGCUCAUACUGCACUGCAUCUUUCAUCGAGCUAGAUGGUCAAGGAGCAGGUUGGGCCCUCGAACCGUGCCCGAUCAUAUCACCGCCCACACAGGUGCCACUCCCCCCAGCGGUCCUAUACUCCAGUUCCGAGCACUCUCCACAAACGCUAUGGCUCAUCUGCCCACCCUCCAUCCUCACCUCGCCGGCUUCGCUCCUGCUGUCUACAACGUCUCUCGGUCCGGCUAUCUUCACCCCAAGCUUGCACAAUAUGCCACUUACCCUUUUCACACGUACUCACAACCUCAACACCGAAGUACCACUUCAUCACACUAUCCCAAAACAUUUCUCAAUGCAUCGGGCACAUUUCAUGUGGAGUCGCUUAAUGUGCACAUAGAUGCGGUGAAUGCACUUGCGGUGUACACACAAAAUGUCCCUCUCUACAGCGGCUCCGGCGAUACCACCAUUAAGGUGUUUCAGAAGCAGGAGAUGUCGUGUGAAGGGCGUAGUACCUCAUGGGGCAGGCACGCAGCUGUGAAGAGCGUGGGUGCUGGCGCUUUCUUCAGCGUACAGGGGCCCAGUGGAAGCUCUGUGGAGGAUGGCAAACCAGGAACAUAUUCUAUUGUGCAGGAUCAUGGAUAAAACAGCUUACAGAUUCUCACCUGAGGUAAUCCCUACCACAAGUGAUGGUCUCGAGUAGCUAGAUGACGUGCUCAAGAGGUGACUACUCAAUCCUGGACGAUUUGUUCCAUAAAGGAGAGUGCUCAACGACGGCAAAUAUUCUUAUUAUCAAGCCUUAAACCGCAAGAUGUUUUCCACCCAAGCUGCUGUGCUCAUACAGAUUCUAGGACUGGAGGACAAUGAAAGUAAAUUUCACCAGUCAUGCAAAUUCACAAACGUUUCUGAUGAAGCUGAUUUUGAUCAGCCUAUUCCGCAUUGAUUGAUGGUGUUUCCCUCGUUGCUGGACAUCUAAUUGCUUUAGAAAUCUUUGGUUGAACAGAGCCUAAUUAUGACCUAUGCAAUCCAAUCCUAACAGGUUAUACUUUGUGUACCUACAUUGCGUUUCGCUCAUAAGAACAAAAGACAGAUGAACAAUAACAGUGUAACUUAUGAAAAUCAUGCAAUCUUCCAAUCGUCAUGAAUAGCACAUAUGACACAAUAGAUAGACUUUAUUUUUACACACUUUCCAUUUACAAUAUGCAAAAAAGAUAGAGAAGACGAUCAAUACCAUAAAUAUCUCUACAGCUUGAGUAAGUGUGUAUCCAUCUAUAGCUUGAGUAAGUGUGCAUCCAUUGAUAGG